CCCCUCCGGGUGCGCGCGCGCUUCUGCGGCUUUUUCUCUGGCCUCCGCCUCGCUCUCCUCCUCGCCCUAGCGCUAGCGGGCACGCGGUUCCUGUUCGCUAGCUUCCCGAGUGCAAGGCGCCGGCCGGCUGGAAAAGCUGUGGUGGGCAGUGCCUGUGAUCAAAAUCACAGAAGAUAUACGUGUUUUCUUCCUAAAGAAAAAAGAAAAUCUGUGUACUUUAUUAUCGGCUUCCAAAGAUUACUAACUUUUAUCUAUAACAUUAAAACUGAACUGCCUUGGCUAUACUGCUGCUCUUACUGCUGCUUCCCUUAUUGCCUUCUUCAGCAAAAUAAGGCUUUCAGAAGCCACAGAAUAACAAGAAAUAAACACCAUUUUUAGAAACAUUUCCACUAUGAAACUUAAGCUAAAUGUGCUCACCAUUAUUUUGCUGCCUGUCCACUUGUUAAUAACAAUAUACAGUGCCCUUAUAUUUAUUCCAUGGUAUUUUCUUACCAAUGCCAAGAAGAAAAACGCUAUGGCAAAGAGAAUAAAAGCUAAGCCCACUUCAGACAAACCUGGAAGUCCAUAUCGCUCUGUCACACACUUCGACUCGCUAGCUGUCAUAGACAUCCCUGGAGCAGACACCCUGGAUAAAUUGUUUGAUCAUGCUGUAUCCAAGUUUGGGAAGAAGGAAAGCCUUGGGACCAGGGAAAUCCUAAGUGAAGAAAAUGAAAUGCAGCCAAAUGGAAAGGUUUUUAAGAAGUUAAUUCUUGGGAAUUAUAAAUGGAUUAACUAUCUUGACGUGAACUGCCGAGUCAAUAACUUUGGUAGUGGACUCACUGCAUUGGGACUAAAACCAAAGAACACUAUUGCCAUUUUCUGUGAGACCAGGGCCGAGUGGAUGAUUGCGGCACAGACCUGCUUUAAGUACAACUUUCCUCUUGUGACUUUAUAUGCCACACUUGGCCAAGAGGCAGUAAUUCAUGGACUAAAUGAAUCUGAGGCUUCUUAUCUAAUUACUAGUGUUGAACUGCUGGAAAGUAAACUUAAGACAGCAUUGUUAGAAAUCAAUUGUGUUAAACAUAUCAUUUAUGUGGACAAUAAGACUAUCAAUAAAGCAGAAUACCCUGAAGGAUUUGAGAUUCACAGCAUGCAAUCAGUAGAAGAGUUGGGAUCCAAGCCAGAAAACGCAAGCAUUCCUCCAAAUAGACCAACUCCUUCAGACAUGGCUAUCGUAAUGUAUACCAGUGGAUCAACUGGCCGACCUAAGGGAGUGAUGAUGCAUCACAGCAAUUUGAUAGCUGGGAUGACAGGCCAAUGUGAAAGAAUACCUGGAUUGGGACCAAAGGACACAUAUAUUGGUUACUUGCCUUUGGCUCAUGUACUAGAAUUGACAGCAGAGAUAUCGUGUUUUACCUAUGGCUGUAGGAUUGGAUAUUCUUCUCCACUUACACUCUCUGAUCAGUCCAGCAAAAUUAAAAAAGGAAGCAAAGGAGAUUGUACUGUACUGAAGCCUACACUUAUGGCAGCUGUUCCGGAAAUCAUGGAUAGAAUUUAUAAGAAUGUUAUGAGCAAAGUCCAAGAGAUGAACUAUAUUCAGAAAACUCUGUUCAAGAUAGGGUAUGAUUAUAAACUGGAACAGAUCAAAAAGGGAUAUGAUGCACCUCUUUGCAAUCUAAUACUGUUUAAAAAGGUGAAGGCUCUGCUAGGAGGGAAUGUCCGGAUGAUGCUGUCUGGUGGAGCCCCACUGUCUCCUCAGACACAUAGAUUCAUGAAUGUCUGCUUCUGCUGUCCAAUUGGCCAGGGCUAUGGAUUGACAGAAUCAUGUGGUGCUGGGACAGUUACUGAAGUUACUGACUAUACUACUGGCAGAGUUGGAGCCCCUCUUAUUUGCUGUGAAAUUAAGUUAAAAGAUUGGCAGGAAGGUGGUUAUACAAUUCAUGACAAGCCAAACCCCAGAGGUGAGAUCGUAAUUGGUGGACAGAAUAUCUCCAUGGGAUAUUUUAAGAAUGAAGAGAAAACAGCAGAAGAUUAUUCUGUGGAUGAAAAUGGACAGCGGUGGUUUUGCACUGGUGAUAUUGGAGAAUUCCAUCCUGAUGGAUGUUUACAGAUCGUUGAUCGUAAGAAAGAUCUGGUGAAGCUGCAAGCAGGAGAGUAUGUAUCUCUUGGGAAAGUAGAGGCUGCACUGAAGAACUGUCCACUUAUUGACAACAUCUGUGCUUUUGCCAAAAGUGACCAGUCCUAUGUGAUCAGCUUUGUGGUCCCUAAUCAGAAAAGGUUGACUCUUUUGGCACAACAGAAAGGGGUGGAAGGAACUUGGGUUGAUAUCUGCAAUAACCCUGCCAUGGAAGCUGAAAUACUGAAAGAAAUUAGAGAAGCUGCAAAUACCAUGAAAUUGGAGCGAUUUGAAAUUCCAAUCAAGGUUUGCUUAAGCCCAGAACCUUGGACCCCUGAAACUGGUUUGGUAACUGAUGCUUUCAAACUGAAAAGGAAGGAGCUGAAGAACCAUUACCUCAAAGAUAUUGAGCGAAUGUAUGGGGGCAAAUAAAAUGCUGCUCUCUUAUUUACAGUAGUGCGGGAGGAGGCUUUUCAGUUCUAGAGUUUUAAGCCUUUGUCCAGCUGUCUGUUAGAAUGUAGGUAUAUCAUUCUAAAGAUAUGGUAAUUAAAAAAAAAAAAACAAAAAUGAUUGAAAUAACUGUUGUCUACUUUAGCUUAGAUUUGCAUAGUUCUAGCAAAGCUGAAAUUGAAAAGUUAUUUCCCUUUAACUGUUACUAAUUUUAGACUAAAAAUUCUGUUUUUAAAAAUUAGCCUAAGAUAUACUUGUUUUCCUAAAGAAAAAUAUUUAAUAUUGAACAAAAUAAAGUGGAGUUGGAGUAGAAUGUAGUUUGAAGUUUGCAGCUUCCAAUGUCUAUUGUCUUCCUCAUUCAGAAGAAGCUUACAUAUUAAGCAUGACAAAAAUAUAGGUAUUAACACUACUCAAAGCAAAAGUGCAUCAGGGCUUUAAAAUUCUCCUCCAACCAUUUACCUUGAAGGGAAAAUUCGACUGUAAUAUAACAUAUAGAAUCAAAUAAUACCCUGGAAACCAUUUUAAGAUUCAUAAUUGUUGCAUAGAUUAGAUGUAGACUCGUUGUAAUAUCAUGAAUAAUUACAGUGCCUAAAGUAAGAAUAAAACAACAUAUAUACACCAAAAAUAUAUAGUAAUAGAUUUAAAGGGGAAUUGAACUGCCUUUUUGAAACUUUGAGUUCCAAAAUCAGUAACUAAUUAUUCUAAUGACUUAGGAGGAAAGUAUAUCUUUUACAGUGCUGAAAACUGUCUUUCUAUUUUAGUUCAAAAUGAAAGACUGAAACCAAGAGUAGAAAGAUAAAGUUAAACAAAGUUUAGCAGGAAGCAUAUUCUCUUAUAAAAAAGUGAUAAAAUCAUAAAUAAUUGCAGUUGUGACCCUUGUACAGCACUGAACCUGAGAAAGAGAUUUAGACUCUGAAUUUGGUUUUGGCAACAAGAAUUGAUGUAAAAAUGUACUUGCAUUGAAUUACAUUGGUAAUUGAAGGUCCAUUUGCUGUUGCUACUUUGCUUCUUGAUCCAUAGUUUGUAUUUUCAGAAAGCCUUUCAUUUUGCUUUAAUUUUAGCAAAGUGGGUUAUGAUGAAUGACUUCCCCAAUAUCUUGUUUGAAACUAUGGGUGAUUAACUAACUUGGAUGAAUUUUGGAAAGGUAAACUAAAAGGGAAGAUAACACUGUUAUCAUUUUUUCCUGUUUGUGAAGAGUUUAAAAACUGGAAAUGCUGGAUUUUGGAGGAAAGAAGGCUUACUCGAUAAGGGAUUGAUAUUUGUGCAGUGACUUGGAGUGUGGAUUUCUUUUUGAAACUUUUAUUAAAAUUUGGGUUUAUAUAUCCCUGACAGAUAUUCACACUUGAACCAUAGUGACUGUAAAAGGCAAAAAUUCUUAAUACUGUUAUUCUUUGCACUUUUUUCUUAAUCAUUUUAUACAUAUAUAAACAUAUAUAUAUGUUGCUUACAUUGCUUUGUACAGAUGUGGGCCACCACUGCAACAAAAUUAAUUCUUUUUUUCUCUGAAAUAUUUAUAAAGAAAAUAUUUAAGUGUUAUGUAUAUGGUGGUAAUAAAGGAAAAAAUCAUCUGAUAUUAUUAUAAACAAGAAUGAAGGUUUUUGUAAAGAUUUCUGUUCAGUGUUCUGCAUUGUAAAAUUCUGGGCGAGUUUUCCCUGAAGUUAUGUGUAUGUGAGUAUUCUCAUUCUUUACAACUUGCCUCUGAGGAGUGAAAGACCGUUAUUAUAAAGUAGACUACUAUUCAGCUUCUACUGCUCCUGGCCCACUGUUUGUUUAUCUUUUAAGGAUGAUUUUUGUAGAGUUUUUCGAUAUGUAAUUUUUUCCCAUUUGAAAUGGUGAUUUUAAAUGUGCGAUGCAUGCCUGCUAUCGUAUCUCAGAUGUUUGCACCCUGACCUACCCCCAUCUCCCCAAAGCUGGAACACUGCCAUCUAAUCUGUUAUAUAGGUCCUUUAGAAACAUAUAAUUAACACUUAAGGUUGGGUGCUGCUAAUUCUUUGCAAAAAUCCAAUUAUUGUUAAGGGACCAGGGAGAUGCCACUACCCCCUGAUUUUUCAUCUAAAACUAUAAAAUAUUUAUGUAAACAAAUCUUUACAUAUUCAUGGUGACUUUUCAAGUAUUUGAGCCUAAAGAUUUUGAUCCCACAUUUUUAUACCUGUUUAAAUCGUUCACUGUUGAAUAUUAUUACAACAUGUCAGCCAUCAAAUAAAGUUGUACUUUUACUACAAGUAUGUACAUUUCUAGUCUAACACUUGUGACGCUUGCUUUAAUGACAUGAAAUGUAUCUUCUUGCCACCUUGAUAUUUGUAUUCAUUUUUUUUCUCUAGAAUGGAGGUAUAAUUAUGUGGCUUUUCAGAGUUGAAAUACAAAUGAAUAAUUCAAAAAGUCAGAAGUUAAGGACAGUAAUGUUUCUUUGAUCAUUGGGACUGAUUAAUAAUCCUUGCUUAUAUUUUCCUGAUAGCAUAUGACAAAUGUUUCUAAGGUAAUGAUAUGAGAAGAGGUUAAAUAUUGCAUGGCAUUUUGGAUUUAGAGAGAAAUAUUUUAAUUUUCAAAUGUAGUUAAGGAUUAGAAUGUAUUCAUAUUUGUACUUUUUGUUAAAAUGAAUGAUUGCGGGAUUGUUGUUUAGAUUUUUGUGUUAAUUCUUGAUGAAAAGCUUUGUUCUUGUUUUUUAUGUUUGCACUUGAAUCUUAAGAAAUAAACCCACCCAUGUUAUCAAGUCAA